CGACUGGACAGCAUUGGUCCAAGUUUGGAGUGUCUGCAAACAACUUCAAGGGGCAUAAAAGAAAAAGGAAAGUACCUUGCUUAAGAACAUUCUCUCUUCACUGGACUUCUCUCAACAGAAUAAGCCAAAACAAACAUUCACAUCAACCAUGAGAGGCGCCUCUUUUUCCCAGAAGACUUUGUCAGUCAGUGGCUCCAGCAGGAUGCGAGUUCAGAGCCCAUCUCCCUCACGCUGUGGAGGGGCAGGCUUCCGCUCCACCUCUACCGACUCCCGCAGAGGGGCCUCUUACAGUGCUACCUCUCGGGGCCGCUCAGGCUUCCAGGGCUCCGCAGUUGAAGUUGGUACAGAAAUCCACCGGGCCAACGAGAAAGAGGAGAUGCAGGAGCUGAAUGUCCGAUUCGCCAGCUACAUCGAGAAGGUACAGUACCUACAGCAAAGGAACACUGCCCUACAGACGGAGCUGGCAGACCUGCAGGCCCGGUUCAAGGGGGGCCCGACUGCCAUUGGAGAAGAGUAUGAGCUGCAGUUUAAGGAAAUGAAGGACCUAAUAGAGUUGCUGACAAAAGAGAAGGGAGCAGCCGACAUUGAGAGGGGGUAUAUCGAGGAGGAGAUUGAGGUAUGGACACUGAAGUGUGAAGAGGAGCUGGAACUCAAGGAGGAGGCAGAGAGGAUCCUACGAGAGUUCCGCCAGGAUGUGGACAAUGGCACCUUACAGAAAGCUGAGCUGGAGAAGCGGGUUGAGCAGUUGGUGGCAGAGAUUGAGUUCCUGAAGAAACUGCACGAUGAGGAGGUAGCUGACCUCCUGAAGCAGAUUGAAGACUCCAAGAUAACCAUCAAGCUGGAUUCAAGCCGACCAGACCUGGCAGCCUACUUACGCAGGGUCCGAGCCGAGAUCGAGCAGGUCGCCGCCAAGAAUGUCCAGGAGGCCGAGCAGUGGUACAAGAGCAAGUUUGACACCCUGAAGGAGCAUGCUUCCAAGCAUGAGGAGCAAAUGAAGUCCAUUAAAGAAGAAAUCACCAUCUUCCAGUCCCAAGCCACAGACCUGCAAAAUGAAAUCGACAGACUGAGAGGUCGCAACAGUGUCCUACAUCAGCAACUAGAGGAUAUGGAAGCAAAUCAUCUGGAUAGGGUGGCCAACUUGCAGGACAUCAUUGCCCAGCUCGAGUGCCAGCUGAGGGAGACCAAGUCUGAGAUGGCUAAAUACAUGCAGGACUACCAGGAACUUCUCAACAUCAAACUGAAACUAGACGCAGAGAUCGCCACCUACAGGAAACUGCUGGAAGGAGAGGAGCAAAGGCUGGGGAUUUCUUCAGAGAGUGCCUCAGCAAUAACAAAGGAAGAGAGAACUACUUCAGUUACACGUAAAGUGGAAACCCACACAGCCACCAAGGUGACAGCCUGAGACCCGACUGACCUGCAUAGAAGCAAACCCAUCCCUGAAAAACCUGCAGCCAACAACUGAUGAAGCCUCAAUUGAUUUCGUCAUUACUCCCUAGAUGCAGAUGAUGUGCACAUUUUUUGUUAAAAUGUGAUGUCCUGUAUGAAAACCUAUACUCUUGAUAUGAAUGUUUACAUGCAUAUACCACACACUAGAGUGUUACCUCUUAAUAAAGCUUGACUUGAAUGCA